AUGGGCACAUCCAAACAAAUUAGUAAAACGUAUCCGUCACGAGAAGCGGGCCGCGUCUCCGAGCGGGCCCGUACGGCAGAGGCUUGUCUCGAGCUGGCGUCAAAAGAAAGUAGGCGUCAUAUAAAACAGAUUCCUUCCACAUGCUCCGGUCAGUGCAACCUUGGCCGCGAGAAAAGUGCGAGUUUGAUAGAGCGGUCCUACGAUUACGUAAUGAGCUUGGGGAAGAACAUAGCGCCGAGUGUGAUGUCGAUUUUCGACUGUUUCGGUGAAGACGACGCGUGGACCUGUGCUAAGACGAGGGCGGGACAAAUCCUGGACACCUGGGACGAAGAAGUGGACAAACAGCGACGGCAGUGGCAAGACGCCGCUGACGCAGAGAUCCGCUCCACCGGGAGGUCCCUGGAAGAGAUGCCGUCGCAGCUCGGGAAAGAAGUGGAACAGUCCUUGGGCUCACUGGCGGACCUCAUUAAACAUGGCGUAGCAAGAGCAUUAGAAAGAGAUCACCAUGAGAGCCGUGUCGAUUUAAAGCUUGGCUCGACAUUGAGCAACGGAAAGCGAAUGAAAAAGAAGAAGCCUAGGCCCCAAAAGAUUCAUAUUUUCAAUCCAGUCGUACCGCCAAUAAAAAAGCAAGAAGAAGCAAGAGGAUUCUCCGCAGGAAAAGUACAGUCUUGGGUCAUUGGGCCCAGAGGUUUAGCCGACGAGACCCCGGAUGUGUACAGAGGUAUAGACGAUGGUAGAAGUGUAGAAAACCCUGAAUUAGAAGUUGAAGAUACAAAAGAUACAGAGAAUGAUACUGAAAUAAACGACGACGAUAAAGACAUUGAUGCUAAGAAUGGAUCUGAUUCUAAGCUUGGUGGAGUCAGUUUGAGGAAAGGUAGAGGCCUAGUGUCUGAUAUGUGGGGCAUUGGAGAGAAGACUUUGGAUGCACUAGCCGAUCAGGUCAUCGAAAACGAAAACGCUGAGAACGGCGUCCAAGAUAAGAGUUCUUUUGAAGAGCAAAGGGGCAAAAAGAAGAAGAAGAAGAAGGCCAUCCUGAAACUGCUGAUCUUGGGGGCGGUGUUGAAGGCGAAGAUCGGGACCCUGCUGCAGAUUCUGUCGUUCAAACUGCAGGUGAAGUUCUUCAUAAUCGCCCUGAUCGGACUAGGAAUAAACCUGGCGAGGUUCUGGGUCGAACUGAAGAACAAGCACCAUCAGCCGCAGAAGGUGAUAUACUACGAGCACGCACAGCAUCAGCACCACUACGAGCACGAAGAGGAGCCCGGCUGGGGUCCCUGGUCCAGGAGCAUAGACCCCGAGGAGGAGGAAGCCGUCCCUGAGCCCCACAGCCGCGCCUACCGCGCGCACCAGGCGUUGCUCGCACGCGCCCCAACCACUAGGCCUCUGCUCACCCUCACA